CUCUACGGAAGAGGGAGUUGAGGCUAGCGUUGUACCGGAUUAAGGGGCUGUGGCAUUCAAGGCAAAUGACAAGGGACUGUCUCUGUUGCUGUGGUUACUAGCAGCAGGACAAGCCAUAAAGCCGAUUUUUACUUAGCUCUUUGCAUAGUUCCAAGUACCGCAAUACGCUCAAAAUUCAAAAUGCGGCUAACGGAAUCAAACAAUUCAAUUUUACGGGCCUUGCCGUUCGAGAUGUCUUUCCAGGCUCGUUGUAGAUUUUUGUGUUGCCACACCGUAGAUCUGUGACAAUGAAUUAUUUCAGCAGGACGUUCAGACCACAUGGUGGCGCCAGUUAGAUCAAUGUCAAAGCCGCUGUAGGGCAGCAAAAAUCUAUAUGGAGAAAUAUUUGAGCUAUCCUUUUUCCAAAGCACGAGUUCCAAAAGAAAUAUGUUCGUUUCUUAAAUCCGAAUUGAAUGCUGAAGGACUUCGAGUGAUAAAUUAAAUCCAAUAGACUGGAAAUGUCCCAAAAUAACUCCAAAAUAAUCGUUUUGCAAACAAAGACGAAAUGAUGAGAUCGAUUUUAUAGAUGUGGUAAACGCUCUCUCCUGUAGCUCGGGCAGUCGAAGAAUGCAAUGGUUAAAGCAUUGUAAAAGAAAUGUUUUCGAUUUCCUGAAAUGUUUCAGUGACGCAACCCUCCGUGGAGGAGGGGCUUCUGUCCAACUCAGCCAUUCGAUUGGCCCAUCCCGCCUGUCGUGCUGCGGAGGUAUCUCUAAUCAUAUUCAGCGUGUUUGCACAAGAAAUGUCAGCCUGAACUGGAUAGCUUCUGCUUUCGCCAAAUUACCCCACAACAAUGUCAUGCUCAGACAGUCCGUCUGCAAACUCCUUUUUAGUAGAUUCUCUGAUCAGCGUGGGCCGUGGCGGGGAAGGAGCCUAUUACCCCAACAGCAGUGUAUACCUGCCGCCUGCCUCUGAGCUCUCUUACGGCACCCAGAACUGUGGACUUUUCCCAUCCCUCAGCAAACGCAGCGAGAACAACUCUCAGAGUAUGGUCCUGACUUCUCAUCCUUACAUGAGCGGGAUGGAGGUCUGGUCAGAUCCCCCAAGGUCCUGUCGCAUGGAGCAACCUGCAACCCAGCAAGUGGCAGCAUGUUCCUUCCCCCAGAAUAUCAAAGAAGAGAAUGCAUAUUGUUUGUACGAUUCUGAGAAAUGUCCUAAAAGCUCAGCAGCAACAGAUCUUUCCACGUUCCCAAGGCUAACAUCAGAAUCGUGCUCCAAUAGUGACACUACUACUAGCGGCGGGGUUCCUGUCCCCGGCUAUUUCCGUCUGUCCCAAGCCUAUCCGACAUCUAAACAGACACUUUAUAACAACACAGGGCAGGUUGGGACCUCUCCAUUUGUAGCCCAAUCCCAGAUCCGAUAUGGAACACCCCCUUCUUCAGCUUCGACCCCGACUGAGUUGGGGAGAAAAGGAAGUGAAGGGACAUCCCCUGGUCAUUUAACCUGCGGUUCGGAGAGAGAAGAGACAGAAGCUCCGGCUUCUUCAGCGAACGAGGAAUCAUCUCCAGUCCCUUCAGAAAGCAGUAAACAUUCUCCUGAGAAAGAAACAAAAGGGGAGGUGAAAGCUGAAAGUGGGGCCAACUGGCUGACUGCAAAGAGUGGCAGAAAAAAACGUUGCCCUUACACCAAACAUCAAACCCUGGAGCUGGAGAAAGAGUUUCUCUUCAACAUGUACCUGACUCGAGAGCGUCGCCUAGAGAUUAGCCGCAGCGUCCACCUGACUGACAGACAGGUCAAAAUCUGGUUUCAAAAUCGCAGGAUGAAACUCAAGAAAAUGAACCGUGAGAACAGGAUUCGGGAGCUUACAGCUAACUUCAGCUUUUCAUGAUAAACACAAACACUGGUUUACAGAAAUUAAAGGGACAUCGGGAAGCUGUGCUAGUGUCACUAAAAGACUAAAAACUUUUCCACUUACCUCUGACUCCUCAGCCUUGUGCUGGUUGUAGAUAUUUCGAUUUACGUGUUUUGUUUUUAUUUGUGGCGGUAGUCUGUUUCUGUAACUAUGAUAAUGUGUGUUGCCACUGAUAAGUAAGGCAUGAACAGAAGUUAUCGCCCUGUAUGAUGAUUUUUCCAAACAACCGUGGGGGGAGGGGGACCUGACAACAAUCUUUUUAAUUGUGCUAAUUACCAAUUAUCAGCUAAGUAAAUCAAACUUUGUAAUGUCUAAAUACAGAUGACCCAUGCUGUUAAAAUAAUUCCAAAAUAAGUACCUACCGUAUACUGACAUGUUAAUAGAAGUUAAAUGUGAAUAUGCUGUAAAGUGUGUUGUUACAUAAAGAUAUCACAUACCAUGAACUGAAACAUCAGAUCACAUUUAAAUGUGAAACACUAUUGCAAGGACAGAAGAGUAGGAUGUCGGACCUUUUAUUCACUGCCGUUAUUUCACAUUAAAAAAACAAAUAGAAUUGAUUCAUUUGGGUUUGCAAUGAUGAAAUGCUUUCACUUGAGGACUCAAAUUCUGCUCAAUCCUAUUGCUGCUGCACUCUGUACGUUAACAAAACUUGUGUUUUCAUGAAAGAUGAAUAAACGUAUUUGGUCGGAGUGCUUUGAGAUAGGUA